GACUGCCGCACCAUGGCGGAGGAGGAACUGGAGGCGCUGAGGAAGCAAAGGUUGGCCGAACUGCAGGCGAAGCAUGGGGAUCCUGGCGAUGCAGCACAACAGGAAGCAAAGCACAGGGAAGCAGAAAUGAGAAACAGUAUCUUAGCCCAAGUCCUGGAUCAGUCAGCCCGGGCCCAUUUAAGUAACUUAGCGCUUGUAAAGCCCGAAAAAACUAAAGCAGUAGAGAAUUACCUCAUACAGAUGGCAAGAUAUGGACAACUAAGUGGGAAGGUAUCAGAACAAGGUUUAAUAGAAAUCCUUGAAAAAGUAAGCCAACAAACAGAAAAGAAAACCACAGUUAAAUUCAACAGAAGAAAAGUCAUGGACUCUGAUGAAGAGGACGAUUAUUGAAAUUUAAGAUGUUUAGAGACUGGGACUUAAUGUUCUAGGACAGAUAAUACUGGGUAGAAGUGAAGAUCUGAUUGUUUACUUUGU